AUGCCACUUGGCGGGUAUGUCCCGGGCUAUCUUCAGUUCAACUACACAACACCAACGGGGCUACCAGCGUGGACGAACCGUACGGAUACACCAUACUCCCCAUCUGGCACACUCUACGCAGCAACUGCCCACUACAUCCCUAGGUAUGGGUCACAGGGUUUGGUCAUGAUAUUAGCAGGCGCUGAGUACAAUUCUACGAAUCAGGAGCCUGGAAACCUUAGUAUGGAAGAUGUCUGGUUUAUCGACCCUGUCACAAAGAGGUGGUAUUCACAGAAGACGAUCGGGGAAGCGCCUCAGCCACGCAGGUGGGCUUGUGUAGUUGGUGUGCAGAGUCUAGACAACACGUACGAUAUUUUUCUUUUUGGCGGUUUGACCAAUAACCGGGUGGGUUUCGGUGAUGUCUGGAUUCUGAGUCUGCCAGGUUUUGUUUGGAUACAGGCGGAUACCAAGCAGCAGGCACCCCGGGCUUACAUGUCUUGCGUUGUCGCCGGGAGGCGUCAGAUGAUCACUGUCGGGGGCGUUGAACCGCGUUCUUUACAGGGAAAGCUGAUGGAGAACCCCGAUACAUUCAAUCAAGGCAUAGGAGUUCUCGACUUGACAAGUCUUGAAUGGAAAGAUGAGUACGACUCAUCGGCGGCUGCGUAUGAAUCUUCAGACGUAGUCAAGUCUUGGUACAACGAGGGAAAUCUUGCAUCCGUACAAUACGACACGGGCGUGGAGGACUUAAUGAGUUCUUCUUUCAGUCUUGAACUCCCGGGUCUUGGGAACGGAGCUGGUGGCGACGGUAACAGUACUAGCAUGGGAGAUCACCAGAACUCAUUAUAUCCUGCUGCGAUGGGCGGUAUACGGCUGGGCAAAGGCCUCUUGAACUACAUGGGAGAGACCCUCUUUAUGAUAUUACGGAGCUCCACGGAGAUCAAAGUAAAGUCGAGAUGGACUCUCAAGACCCUCACCAGUGCGCGGUAG